CUAUAAACAAAAAAAUAAUUUGACAUUUAGGGCAGACAACAGAUAUAUGAUGCGUGUAAAUAUGAUGUAAUGGAUAGGAAUGUCUGAUGCUGGAUGUCAAUAAAUAUAAAAAUAAAACAAAUAAAAUAAAAUAAAAUAAAAUAAAAAAAGCACUGCACUUUCUAAUGGUGGCGACAGUUUUGAUGUUAAAGGUCUAAAAACGUCAAUCUUAAUGGGCCGCAUGUGGCCCGCGGGCCGUAUUUUGCCCAGGUCUUGUUAAGAUGUUAUCGGUACGAUACUCUUAUCGACAUUGGUAUUUAGCGGUACUCUAUUUUUUUCAUCAUUUCGUUUCAUUUUCUCGAUGGAGAAAAUUUCCUAAACUGGUUCAAUUGGAAUGUAUCUCGCAGUAUUGGGUGAUGCUCCACCCACACCACAGCCAUGAUACACCUGUGACCUACGCCAACUGCACACAGUCACAGUCAGGGACUCGUGUGGAGGCUUUUAUACCAGGGUGGAGACAUUGACAACACCAUCCACCUGACCUCGAGACCCCCCUCCCUCCUCUUCUCAUCCAACCCCACCAGGCAGCAGCCAUGAACUGGUCCGCCCUGGAGUCCCUCCUCAGCGGGGUCAACGAGUACUCCACGUCGUUCGGCCGCGUCUGGCUCUCCGUGGUCUUCGUCUUCCGGGUGCUGGUGUUUGUGGUGGCGGCGCAGCGAGUGUGGGGCGACGACAGCAAGGACUUUGUUUGCAACACGGCUCAGCCCGGGUGCAACAACGUCUGCUACGACGCCAUCUUCCCCAUCUCUCACAUCCGCCUGUGGGCCCUGCAGCUCAUCUUCGUCACCUGCCCCUCGCUGCUGGUGACGGCCCACGUCAAGUACCGCGAGAAGAAGAACAAGACCUACACCCAAACGCACAAGGGGAAUCAUUACGCCAACCCUGGGAAGAAACGCGGAGGUCUGUGGUGGACCUACUUGGUAAGCCUGAUAUUCAAGAUCACGUUCGAUGCCGGCUUCCUCGUCAUCCUCCAUCACAUCUACAACGGCUUCGACAUGCCCCGACUCUCCAAGUGCUCCCUGGAUCCCUGCCCCAACACGGUGGACUGCUUCAUCUCCCGACCCACCGAGAAGAAAAUCUUCACCCUCUUCAUGGUGGUCUCAUCCGUGGUCUGCAUCUUCAUGUGCAUCUGCGAGAUGAUCUACCUCAUCUGCAAGCGCAUCCUCAAAUACCGGGCGAAGAGGAACGAAAGAGCGAGGAGGGAGUUCGCCGCCAACCAGGAGAUGGCGCCGCUGUCGGCGCCCCGGUCGGACUACCGGUCCAAAACGUCCGUCAGGGUAGACCCCACCAUCUCCAUCAACAACCUCAACCACGUGGCGGCCGAGAAAGCGGAGGAAGACGGAAUAAACGAUUCACAGAGCGAAAAUGGCAAAGUGAAGCACACUUAGGGAGAUUUAAGACUCCAGCCGAGGAACAUGUUCAUCGAUUGAAGGACAACCCGGGCUGGUUCUAGGAUUUCUGUAGCCAUGGACAAGAGAUUGCAUUCUUUUAUUCGUAAGACGAGAUCAUUAUUACUAGUGUAUCUACUAGGGUUGUACGGUAUGCCAGUACUAAUAAAGUACCGUGGUACUCAUCAAUUAAACAUACCAGUACUUUGUGACAUUGCUGGUAA